AUGUCGGAGGAGGCCCCGCUAGUCAAGGAUAUCUCCAAGAACAUCCCCAAGGAUCUCGACUGGAGCGAGACUAUCUACCCUCAGUUUGUCAAGGACGGUUUCGUGACCGCAACCAAUGUCGUCAAGUCCUCCGCUCAAGUCGUCGGUGCUGAACUUGACCAACAUUAUUGUAUCAUCGUUCUAACUGUAGUUCCAGGCCAGGGUGCUGGGGCUGUCGGUGGAGCUGUUGCUGGCGGCGUGAACGCUGUCGGUGGUGCUGUCUCAAACACUGCUGGUGCCGUCACGAGCUUUGUCCCCACUCCUCCCACUUUCAACGCAGCACCUGCUCGCUGGGGCGGCAGUGAGCCCUCCAUUGAGGAAAGGACUAAGGCAGACAUUGCUGGAUGGUUGGAGAAGGUCAAGCUUGAAAGCCUUCAGGCCGAUUUUGCCAGUGCCGAGGUCGAUGGUCCUGCUCUUGCCGCCAUGGUCCAGACUUGGGAGUCCGACAAGCUUGGUUUCGUCAAGUAUGCUCAGGAGAAUCUUGGAUGCAAGAAGCCUGGACAGGCCUUCCGUUUGGGAUAUUCUCUCUCCAGACUUCACGCGUACAAGUGGCCCAAGAAGGAGGAGCCUGAGAAGCCCAAGGACGAGAAGCCACAAGCAGAAGCAGCAGCUGAGUCCGACGUCUGA